AUUUGAAUGUUAAAGCAGUCACAUCAAGAUGACCCACAUAUGUAUGAAAAAAUAAUGUGAAUACUAUACAGCACUCCCUCCAUACUCUAAAUCGUCCCCACCAACACCUCCACACUACACAUUCAUUCAUUUCAAUUCAAUUCAUUCGUCCAACCUAUUUUACGUCCCAUCUCUCUCUCUCUCUCUCUCUCCAAAACAAACCCAUCCUCUCUUUCUCGUAGAACAAAUUAAAAAAAAAUAAAAAACAAUUUAAGAACAAGUCACUCUCACACUCAAAAACAAAUUUCCCAAUCCAACACCAAAUCAAUUAUCGCAAUCAUCAAUAAUGGAAGCUACAUCCGGUGGAAGAGAAUCUCCAUUUCCGCCGAUUCAAUCGGAAACUCCACCACCGUCCGCCCAACCUUCCUCACCACCGGCACCACCACCGAGCCGUUACGAAUCACAAAAGCGACGAGACUGGAACACGUUCCUUCAAUAUCUUCGAAACCACAAACCACCAUUAACACUAGCACGUUGCAGCGGAGCGCACGUGAUCGAGUUUUUGAAGUACCUCGAUCAGUUCGGAAAAACGAAGGUGCACGUGACAGGCUGUCCUUAUUUUGGACAACCUAACCCUCCUUCGCCUUGCUCUUGUCCUCUUAAGCAGGCCUGGGGUAGUCUCGACGCUCUCAUCGGACGUCUUAGGGCUGCUUUCGAGGAAAACGGCGGCAAACCGGACUCUAAUCCGUUUGGUACUCGGGCGGUUAGGAUUUAUUUAAGGGAAGUUAGGGAAAGUCAAGCUAAAGCUAGAGGAAUUCCUUAUGAGAAGAAGAAACGAAAGAGAUCCACUCUCACCGCCACUGCUAUAAUAUCAACAGCAACAACGGUGAAUAACACUGCACCUAGUGACGGUGGCGUUACCAAUAGUAACAUCAGCGGAAUUAAAACUAAUGUUACUGUUAGUAAUAAUGCCACCGUCAUAACCACUGGUGUCAGUGUUACUACGGAUAUCGUAUAGUAUUAUUAUAAAUUUGAUUUUUUUUUCUCAUUUAUAUAUUUUGAAUUAUAUUAUCUUUCUUUAACUUUAGGGGAAUUAAUGGUGAUUAUGGUUUAUAAGUUAAUUACAUAUUUAUGGAAAUUUUUAGCUUGAAUUGUAGACCAUCAAAGUGGUUAUUAGUUUAUCAUUCCUUCUAUCAGAAACGUUACUAACAAUAAACUGUAAACUUACAAUUAUUUUUCCUUGAUAUGAAAUUUUGUUAGUAGUUUCUGACAUGAAAUUUGUAUGUA